UUUGAAAGAUUUUCGCAGACCCUCUUAAAAUCCUAGAACAAUCUCUAUCAAGUAAAACGUAGAUACACAAGUAUGCGCUUCCAGGGAAUCUACUUCUUUUCCUCGUCAGGAAUGUAGAAAAAUUACGGCAUACGUCGUUGACCCCCGCCGACGCGAAUCAGGAGCUACGCGAAAGCUAGUUCUUUUGGGAAUCCUCGUAAAGAUGCAGCUUUUAUGUAAUAAUGUGCGGGGCUGUUGUGCGUAUACUUGUACAGAUAUGAAUGUGGGUGUUUUUUAAAUGUAUGAUUAUAUCCGCUCUGUUCUAUUUAACUAAGUGAACUGAAUCCCUGUAGCGUUGGGGCAGCAGGUUAUUGAAAUCCCUCCUAGUUGUGUGAACUUUUAGUGUGAAAAUUCUUUUGAUUAGUUUGCCUGUAGUAAAGUAACAGAUUUCUUAGUUUUGGACCUUGGACUUUCCACUGGGUUUUUGUAAUUCAUUGCUAUUCUCAUUCUUUUGUUAAUUUUGAAGUAUCAAAGCUCCAGUCUCGAAGUGGUGAUGUGGGGGAAAGGAGAAGUUUUUUGUUCUUUUGUAUUGGUUUAAUUAGGCAUAAAAGUACUUUAUUUCAAUAGCUUAAAUGUAUAUAUAUAUAUACGAAUAUUGCCUAUAAUGACAACGAAAAUAACUAUAUAGAUGUUUAUAUUAGUUGCCUCUUGGAUUGUUAAUUGUUUUUUCUCACAGAUAGGUUAGAUUUCAAUGUUCUGUUGUGGUUAGGUUAGAGGUUGGAUUUUUGGCUUUGAUAGAGUCAUUAAUAGCACAGGUAGUUAGGUAAGAGAUUAUUGUGUUGGUAAAGUUUUUUACUUUGCUUCUCUAGCAUUUAAAUUCAACUAGCUGAUCCAAAUCCUAGGCCCUUCUGUAAGGCAGACUCUCCAGUUGUUCUGUUUAAUUAUUUGAAGCACCGGUGAUGUAAAGUCAUGCUUCAUUGCCUCCUUUGAUUAUUUCCUACGCUAACCGAUGUGGAAGGCAUAAGUUGUAAAUAUUUCCAUUAAGAAGUCUGAGUUUCCAAUAUAUGUUAACAAUUUUCUUUCAAGAAGCCAAGAUAGAGGAUCAUGGUUUUCCGUAUGGUUUUGGUUGCUAUCCUGUGAUCUUGGAAGUAAUAAUGAUGCUCUGAAGAGGAUCGCAAAUCAGUUAAUUUGCCUUCAGCAUUCUAGCACUUGUAUUUCAAGUGUUUAUGGAGAAACAGAGCAGUAAUCGAGCAACUCAGUUAAUUGAAGGUUUGGGCAGCUCUCUUCGCAGAUGCAUAUGUUCGGUUCUUUCAGUUGGUCCUGUUCCAAAACAUAUUGCAUUUAUCAUGGAUGGAAAUAGAAGAUAUGCUAAGAAGCAAAAUUUAGAAGCAGGAGCUGGCCAUAGGUUUGGAUUUCUAGCUCUGAUGAAUAUUUUAAAAUACUGUUACGAGUUGGGUGUGAAGUACGUUACCAUUUAUGCUUUUAGCAUUGACAAUUUUAAACGACGACCAGAAGAAGUUCAAUCCACUAUGCAGUUGAUACAGGAAAAAAUUGAAGGGUUAAUUGAGAAAGAGAGUAUAAUCAACCGUUACGGAGUGAGAGUACACUUCUGUGGAAACCUUAAACUUCUGAGUGAACCCGUGAAGUUGGCGGCUGAAAAAGCUAUGAAUGCCACUGCAUGUAAUUCAAAGGCUGUGCUUUCGAUAUGUAUUGCCUACACCUCGACUGAUGAGAUUGUGCAUGCUGUUGAAGAAGCGUGCAAAGAAAAACGGGAUGAAUUUAGAGCUCUUGACAAAAGUGGAGCCGGAUAUGGUUUGAGUGGGCUAGGAGAGAAUGCAACAGAUAGAAACAGCCCUCUUAUUGAUACAGCAGAUGUUGAGAAACAUAUGUAUAUGGCGGUUGCACCCGAUCCUGAUAUUAUAAUCCGCACUUCUGGUGAGACCCGCUUAAGCAAUUUCCUUUUGUGGCAAAGUUCAUCUUCCCUUCUGUACUCCCCCAGGGUUCUUUGGCCGGACAUUGGCUUUUGGCAUUUGGUCCGAGCAGUUUUGGACUUCCAACGGAAUUUUGCUUAUAUGGAAAAGAAAAGGAAAGAAAGUUAGAUUCAUUCACAGAUGAGACCUUUGUAUCUCAACUUGCUCAUGUCAGGGAUUCUCUUUGGUCUUUCGAUUGGGAUGGUGAUCUUAAUGGAUUUCCCUUUACAACAGAUGCAUAUAUGGGUCGGGACUUCUUUUUCCAGUGUCCUUACCCUUGGCAUGGUGGUCAUUCAUUCUUCUGAUGGAAAGGAAAUAUACAUUAAACGUCACAGAAAUGGAGUGUAUCUUGUAACUUAGGAAAUUGAUGUGGCUUGAUCUUUUUUGAUCGAAUCAGGAGUAUUGUUGUGUCAUUAUGCCACUGUUAUCAACUCCGAAAAUCUGUAAUCUCUCUUUCUCUCAUAUGCAACCAAUGUAACUUUUCAGUGGUUGAUUCUGUGUUGUGAGUGUUGGUGGUUCACUCUAUAUUAUGGAUGUCCCUGCAGAUUAUUUUCCCUUGUUA